AUGGAGCCUACGAAGCAAGAGACCCACGCACACCCAUCUCCUUCGAACGGGGCUGAUUAUGAUGUUGAGAAAUUGCCCGAGCAGCCCCCAAAGCGCCGUCUCUACACCAACAAAAGCUUCAUCGAUGAGUGGAAAUAUGGUUCCAAGGCACGUGUGGUGAAGUAUUGUGGCGUGCAUCUCUGCAUAGGCAUUCUGGUUGGCGCUAUCAUUGGUGUGAUUAUCGGUCUAUGUGUUCGGUAUGUUGGCAAAUAG